AUGGCAGCGAAGGGCCACUCGCUGCGCGAUCGCCAGAUCUCGGCGCUCAAGAAGCUCCUCAGCUUGAACGACAACAUCAACGAGAAUGAAGCCGAAACUGCCCAGACCAACGGCGGCGCACUUGGUCCCGCCGGUACCAUCAUAACCUCCGAUGGCGAUCCCCUUUGGAAGGUCCUCGUAUUUGACGACCUUGGCCGGGAUGUCAUCAGCAGCGUGCUCCGCGUUAGCGAUCUUCGCGCGCUGGGUAUCACCAUGCACAUGCACAUUGGAUCUUCUCGACACGCUAUCCCAGACGUACCGGUCAUCUAUCUUGUCGAACCCACGCCUCAGAACCUGCAAAACAUCACGAACGACCUCCAGAAGGGUCUCUACACUCCCGCCUACCUGAACUUCCUCUCCUCAAUCCCUCGACCCCUGCUCGAAGACUUCGCAGAGCAAACCAUCACCGCCGGCACGUCCGACAACAUCGCCAAACUGAUGGACCAAUACCUGAACUUCAUCGUUGCCGAACCAGACCUAUUCAACCUGGGCAUGCAACGAGAUCACACAUACUGGGCGCUCAACAGCGCGGCAACACAGGAUGACGAGCUGGACAGAGUGGUGGACAGGAUUGUCAGCGGUCUUUUCAGUGUCAUUGUGACAAUGGGUGUCAUCCCCAUCAUCCGAUGCCCCAAGGGGGCUGCUGCCGAAAUGAUCUCCGCGAAGCUCGAUCGCAAAUUGCGCGACCACAUCCUCAACUCCAAAGAAAACCUCUUCUCCUCCAGUGCCCGUCCAGCAUCAGCAGGCACUCCGACCUCCCGCCCUGUCCUCAUCAUUCUCGACAGAAACGUCGACUUAAUACCUAUGCUUUCUCAUUCCUGGACAUACCAGUCUCUGGUCCACGAUGUUUUGAAUAUGAAAUUGAACAGAAUCACAAUAGAGACGCCUGUAGACGAGAGCAACCCUGCAAAGGGAACCACCAAAAAGGCUUACGACCUGACAUCCAGCGAUUUCUUCUGGGCAAAGAACGCCGCCGUACCAUUCCCACAAGUAGCCGAGGACAUCGAUGCCGAGUUGACAAGGUACAAGGAAGAUGCGGCCGCCGUGACGAAGAAGACCGGAGUGACGGAUCUGGAGGACUUGCAGAACGAUACCGGCGCCAGCGCGCAACAUCUCAAGGCGGCCAUCACUCUCCUGCCAGAGCUUCGCGAACGCAAGGCAGUGCUCGACAUGCACAUGAACAUCCUGGCGGCUCUCUUGACCGGCAUCAAGAACCGUCAAUUGGACAACUUUUUCCAGAUCGAGGAGGAUGUCAUGAAGCAAACAAAGGCACAAAUAAUGGAGCUUAUCAAGGACAGCACCAAGGGAGACCAGCCACUUGAUAAGAUGAGACUUUUCGUCAUCUGGUACCUCAGCUCCGAACAAGAAGUUAGUCGAACCGAGUGGGAGGGUUUUGAGAAGGCCCUCACCGAAGCUGGCGCAGACACAACGUCUCUCCCCUACAUUCGACAAGUUCGUGCUACCACCAAGAUGACGCAGCUCACCACCAUCUCCAACCCUCAACAAAACCAAGCCGCCUCCUCCGACCUGUUUGGCCGCUUCUCCUCCAUAUCCAACCGCCUCACCGACCGUCUCAAGGAAACCGGUGUGCCCACCGGCCUCUCAUCCAACUUCGAGUCCCUCAUCGGCGGCAUCAAGAACUUCCUUCCCGCCAACCGCGAUCUCACCAUCACCAAGAUUGUCGAGUCCAUCAUGGACCCCUCUACCGCCGCGAGCUCAGCCAUCGCCAAGACAGAAAACUAUCUUUACUUCGACCCCCGCUCCGCCAACGCCCGCGGCACUAUGCCCCCGCCAAGCUCCAUCCGCGCGGGUGCCGGCUCAAGUGCUCCGGGCGGUCUGCCAGGACAGAACAUGGGCCAGACUCCCGGCAGCGGCGCCAGCUUCGGCCAGCGUCGUCAAGGUUACUCGGAGGCCGUCGUCUUCACCGUUGGCGGAGGCAGUAUGGACGAGUACGGUAACCUACAGGAGUGGGUCGAGAGAACGGGCGGCGACCGCGCCAGGAGGCGGGUUGUGUACGGUAGUACAGAGAUGCUCAACGCUGAUGAGUUCAUCAAGCAGGAGCUGGAGAGGCUGGGCAAGGAGGUGGCGUCUUAG